AUGCAAUUGUCCUUGUUUCACCAUCUCUUGCAUCUCUUCCUGCUGUUGUCUGUCGUACAAUGUAUGCGGCCUGCACAUCAACAGGACAGCCCAACUCAUCAAUCUUCCUCUCGACAGGCUACCGGAGGACAAGCACCGACUGCUCUAAGUGCGUCAGAACCAAAUUCUCAACAAGCUGGUCAUCCUGUUCAUCCUGUAGAUGUGAGUACUGGAAGAAUGAAGCCAGUCACAGGACCAGGUAGCCCAAGGUUUGGUAGAGCAUAUCACAACAUCCGGACAAGCCCUGGUGGUGCAAAAUUAAAGGGAGUGUCUCAUACCGGCAUUCUUGCAAAUCCCAACUCGGAAUUUGAUUUCCCAAAGAUGACUGUGACUAGAGGAAACAAGGAAAGCGCUGUUAUAAGCCUUUUCCAUCAUCCUAGACACCCCCCAGGUGAUGGCCCCUAUCAAUACAUGCAGCGUCAACAGCCAGAUACGACUGUUGAUAAGGCUGAUCGCGCGAAAACAUAUCCUCUUGGAUUCAGAAAACAUGAACCUGGGUCGGAAGAUGAUCACCGUACUCGUUCAAGGCUAGACAGCAUGUCAUCCGAUCAAACUCAUCCGAGAGCCGCAAUAUCAUACAGAGUAGGUGCUGAUCAGAGAGUAAAACAUAAACGUCCAAGAGUAGAUGUAGAUGCUGGAAAGUAUCAUGGUCAUUUGUUAACCUUUGUUUUUGGUCCCGAAUCGCCCCCAAAACAUGGUACUCAAGGUCAAUCUUCUGCAAAUACCGGACAUCAACAAGGAGGCCACGGCGACCCUCUCGCACACGACUUUACACAAACAUAUGCGUCUGGCCAAGGCUUGUUCAGAGCUCACUCUCCCGACCGUGGUGAAAAUAGCAAAAGAAGACGAGUAGAUUGA